AUGGCGUCGUCGUACGCUCUUCCUUCGUCCGCCCUACCGCAUGCCCACCGUCAACACAUGCACGCCCAUUCGCACUCGCACCCGCACCCGCACCCGCACCCGCAUCCCCCGACGUCUCUCAACGCCCUCAAAUCCACCAUGGCCUCCGGCGGCGGCCUUCACAACCACUCCCAGAGCCUCGACCGCAGUCGCCAUCCCGACAGGCCGCAUCUCGGACACGCGCGAUCCUUCUCCCACGAGAACUCCGAGUCACAUCCUCCCUCCCGUCCCUCCGCCCACGGGCACACCCCCUCCCAUUCCCUCUCGCAUCUUCCUACCUUCAACCCGAACGAUGCUGAUACGCACGAACCCAAAAACCGGCUCCCCCAUCUCCCGACCUUGCGGACCAACCCGACGCCCGGCUUCCACAUGAGGGAAAAACUGCCCCCGACUCCGUUGUCGCAGGUGGACGGCUGGAAAACCGAGACGGCGCCGAGCGGACGCGAGCUUCUCACGCCGAUGAGUGCAGCGUCCAAGUGGUACGAACCGCCCGAUAGCGCUGCGACGAACCAUUCCCAUUCCCAUUCCCAUGGCCAUGGCCGUAGCCACGAUCACCACCAUGGCCAUGACCACGACCACGACCAUGCACAUAAACACGCCCACCACGACCACGACCAUGGCAACUCCCACGAACCAGCCAAAAUCUCCCUCUUUUCGAAGCUUCUACUGCGCUACUCCCCACACGUCCCAGUCUUCCACGCCAUCCUCGUCGAAAAAGACUCGAGGCGAAUCUUUUAUUUCCUCUCGCUCAAUUUCUCCUUCAUGGCGGUCCAGGCAUGGUAUGCCCACGCCACCGAAUCCAUCGGUCUCCUGAGCGACACCGUCCACAUGUUCUUCGACUGCUUCGCCCUCUUCGUCGGCCUCUGCGCGUCGGUCAUGAGCAAGUGGGCCCCCAGCCAGCGGUUCCCUUAUGGGUUGGGCAAAGUCGAGACCCUGAGCGGGUUCGCCAAUGGUAUUCUCCUCAUGCUACUCAGCGUCGAAAUCAUCGGCGAGGCAUUCGAACGCAUGGCCGAAGGGACGCCGCCCCGCAGACUCCAUGAACUACUAGCCGUCAGCACCCUGGGCGGCCUCGUCAACGUGGUAGGCCUCGUGGCGUUCGGCCAUCACCACCACGGACACGGGCACUCGCACGGCGGCGACGGCGGGGGUUGUUCCGGCAGCCACAAGAAAACCGACGACCACGACCACAACCACAACCACGACCACAACCACAACCACGGCCACAACCACAACCACAACCACGGCCACGGCCACGGCCACCAAAACGAAAACAUGCAGGGCAUCUUCCUCCACGUGCUGGCCGACCUGAUGGGCAGCGUGGCCGUCGUGGUGUCGACGCUCCUGACCAUGUACACGGGGUACGCGUGGUGGGACGCGGUGGCGGGGCUGCUGGUGUCGGUGCUGAUCGUGCUGGCGGCGUGGCCGCUCCUCGCGUCGUCGGCGCGCAAUCUGCUGCUGGGCAUCCCGGAGACGGUCGAGUAUAACCUGCGCAACACGCUUGCGGGGAUUGCGCAGCAGCGCGGCGUCGUGGGCUAUAGCGUGCCCAAGUUUUGGAUGGAUGAGGUGGCGGCCGCGGCGGGGCAUGAUCGUCACCACCAUCAACAUGAGCAUAGCCACGACCGCGACCACGACCACGACCACGACCACGGCCACGGCCACGGCCACGAUCAUCAACAUGAGCACCACAGCGCAAGCGGGGAGCGGUUGAGGGGCAUCGUGCACGUGGUGGCCGCCAGGGGGGCGGGGCUGGACGACGUGCGGGACAGGGUGAGGGCGCACCUGGCGCAGCAUGGCAUGGAUGUCGUGGUGCAGGUGGAGCGGGAAGGGGAUGGGUCGUGCUGGUGCGGUGCUGGACGGUUGGCGCCGCCGUCGGCGACGGGGCUGCCGAGUCCGCGGGCUUUCUAG